AUGUUGUACUGGCUGACUACUUGCCGGAGGCUUGGAGCCGUGGAGUACUUCGCCCCAUACUUCCAGGUGGGACUCCUCAAGCGGCUCGCGCGCGUGACCAGGCCCGGAGGCCUUCUGAUCUUGCUUGGCCGCGAGCCCGAGGAGCUACAGGUGGACGAUGAAACAUCUCAGCUUGCGGUGGACAUCCAGUGCUUCAGGGAUUCGGUGAUCCUCCUCGGCCGAAAGCGCCCCUACAGGGAGAUGCCACGGCGAUGGGUGGCAGAGCAGCUCUGGCAGCAGGGAUUGCAACUGGAGGGAGGGCGCCGCUUUCCCCGGCGUCUGGACUUGGAGAAGGUGGAGAGGAACCUCGCCUGGGCGGAGGAGGAGUUGGAACGCGUGCCAGAUCUGGAGCUCCGAAACCAGCUGUCGAGGCACCUAGACCGCCUCCGUGCGCGCGUUGCCGCGAGCGCCAGCCUCCGCAAGGGCCACACCUUCGGUGAGGACUAUGGUCUGAUCCUGCGGAAGCCGAAAGGAUGA